UUCCUUCUUCCACAUCUCUUGCAUCAUUUCCACAUAGGCCAAACCCAAAACCAUAAUACACACAAAAAAGGAGAGGUUUUUCUUUCACCAACAACUAACUCCACCUAACUUCUCUCUUGGAACUUCAUUUUCUACUCACAGUUUCAAUGGCUGUUUCAACCAGUUUCUCCGGUGCAAAGUUGGAAACUUUGCUGCUAAAAUGCACUUCCUCCAAUGCCACCACCACCAUCUCCACCACCCAUUUCUCACUUGCCAAAAACAGAAAGACUCUUGUUCAGACUCACAGAGGGGCCAUUCGGUGUGAGGUUUCUGCUUCUGAUGUUUCUGUUGAUCCCACUAGCAAACCUUCCACUCUCUCUGCUCUUGAGCAACUUAAAACCUCUGCAGCUGAUAGGUAUACAAAGGAAAAGAGCAGCAUCAUGGUCAUUGGACUGAGUGUGCAUACUACACCAGUGGAAAUGCGCGAAAAGCUUGCCAUACCAGAAGCAGAAUGGCCUAGAGCCAUAGCAGAACUUUGCAGUCUGAAUCAUAUUGAAGAAGCAGCUGUUCUGAGCACCUGCAACAGAAUGGAGAUAUAUGUUGUUGCUCUGUCCAAGCACCGUGGAGUCAAAGAAGUCACCGAAUGGAUGUCCAAAACAAGUGGGAUCCCAGUUGCAGAUCUUAGCCAGCAUCAGUUUCUGCUUUACAACAAAGAUGCCACACAGCACAUUUUCGAAGUAUCUGCAGGUCUUGAUUCGCUUGUGUUGGGAGAAGGUCAAAUUCUUGCUCAGGUGAAGCAAGUUGUGAAGGUUGGACAAGGAGUGAAUGGCUUUGGGAGGAACAUCAGUGGGCUAUUCAAGCAUGCAAUCACUGUAGGAAAGAGGGUUAGAACUGAGACAAACAUUGCUGCUGGUGCAGUUUCUGUGAGCUCAGCAGCUGUUGAACUGGCCCUGAUGAAGCUACCAGAAGCCUCUCAUGCAAAUGCAAGGAUGUUGAUCAUUGGAGCAGGGAAAAUGGGAAAGCUAGUGAUCAAGCAUUUGGUGGCAAAAGGGUGCACAAAGAUGGUAGUUGUGAAUAGAAGUGAGGAGAGAGUUGCGGCAAUCCGAGAAGAACUGAAGGAUAUUGAGAUAAUCUAUAAACCACUCUCAGAAAUGAUGGCAUGUAUUGGUGAGGCAGAUGUAGCUUUCACCAGCACAGCAUCAGAGACUCCAUUGUUCUUGAAGGAUGAUGUUAAGGAUCUUCCUCCUGCCACUGAUGAAGUUGGAGGCCGUAGAUUUUUCAUUGAUAUCUCAGUUCCUAGGAAUGUUGGGUCAUGUGUCUCAGACCUUGAGUUUGUGAGAGUGUUCAAUGUUGAUGACCUUAAGGAGGUUGUGGCGGCUAAUAAAGAAGACAGGCUAAGAAAAGCCAUGGAAGCUCAAGCAAUCAUCAGUGAAGAAUCUAAGCAAUUUGAGGCUUGGAGGGACUCAUUGGAAACUGUUCCUACCAUUAAAAAGUUGAGGGCAUAUGCUGAGAGAAUAAGAAUGGCUGAGCUUGAAAAGUGCCUUGGUAAGAUGGGUGAUGAUAUCCCCAAGAAGACACAAAGAGCAGUGGAUGAUCUUAGCAGAGGCAUAGUGAAUAAGAUGCUUCAUGGACCAAUGCAACAUUUGAGGUGUGAUGGUAGUGAUAGCAGAACUCUAAAUGAGACCCUUGAGAACAUGCAUGCUUUGAAUAGAAUGUUCAACCUUGAGACUGAAGUAUCAGUUUUGGAGCAGAAGAUUCGAGCCAAGGUGGAGCAAAAGCCAUAGAUAUAGUGUGCGAGAUCUUGUACCUAUUUUUCAUUCACAACACUCAUUUAUUUACCAUAUUUAGGAUUAAGAAUCGUGCAAUCUACGUUGCAUGAUGUUGAAAAGCAAAAAAGUCUUGUGUCUCAGUGUCCGUGUCUACUUGACCCAACUCCUGUUUCAACGUUGAGGUCGGUGUUUACAAGGUUUUCUUCAUAGUUCUUUGCCUCUGUGCCUAAAAUCUGUUCAUUACACAUAAUAGAGGGAUUGUGUACUAUAUUAUUAUGUUGAGCUUUGUAUCUAUCACGAAUAAUUUAAGACUAAAAUUUGUCUUCUGUUA